AUGGCCUCUGAAACUCUCCCCACCCCCAAGGUCGGCGGAACCUCAUCCACCAUGGCCUCUGAUGAGCGCCCCAAGGGCAACCCUCCCCAGGUCGGCGUCUCGGCCAUCAUUCUCAACCGCGAGGGCAAGGUGCUCGUCGGCAAGCGCAUCGGCAGUCACGGAGCCGGCUCUUGGCAGUUCCCCGGCGGCAAGCUCGACUACGGCGAGGCGCUGCUCGACUGCGGCGUGCGAGAGUCCAAGGAGGAGACCAUGCUCGACGUCGAGGGCGUCAGGAUUGUGGCUUACACGAAUGACGUCUUUGUGUCCGAAGGCAGACACUUCAUCACGCCGUUUGCGCUCUGCAAGAUGAAGGAUGCCGACGCGGAGCCCAUGGUGAUGGAGAAGGACAAGUGCGAAAGCUGGAGCUGGUGGAAUUUGGAGAAGCUGUUUGAAGGCCGCGACGGAGACAACAUCGAUGGAGCACCGCUCUUUCUUCCCCUCUUUAACCUUGUCCAGCAGUUCAAGGACGCUGAUGAGUUCAAGAAGAUUCUUCAGUAG